GGGUCUGCAGUGUGGUACCGUUGGGUUUCACAAUUCUCUUGUCACUCCCCACCAGUACUGCGACUUGCAGGUACCUGUCACUGCCAUCCUUUUUGUCUCAUUUGAAGCACUGUUCAUAAGCUAUAUAAGGUCUUGGCUGUGACCAACAAUUGCAGUCAUGGCACCUAAAAAGAAGAAUGUCAAAAAGAACAAAGGCGAUAUCAAUGAGAUGACCAUCAUCGUUGAGGAUGGACCUUUGAGCAAAUUAAAUGGGUUAAACACUCUUAUAGAGGGUGGCAAUGGCUUCAGCUGCAUCUCUGCUGAGGUAACAGAUGCUUCCUAUGGGCCAAGCCUCAUGGAAGGCCUAAGCAAGAUGAAACAAGAAGGCUUUUUGUGCGACUUGACCAUUGCCACCAAAACAAAGUCUUUUAGUGUUCACAAAGUGGUGAUGGCUUCUUGCAGUGAAUAUGUUCAUAAUGCACUGAAGAAGGAUUCCUCCAUCCAGAGACUGGAGCUCAACGAUAUAUCCCCAGUUGGCCUGGCUACAGUUAUUACAUAUGCUUACUCAGGGAAGCUUACAUUGUCUUUGUAUACCAUUGGUAGUACCAUUGCCACUGCCAACUUUCUAAAAAUUCAGAGCCUUGUAAAGAUGUGCUGUGACUUUUUAAUUCAGGAGGUCAAUGUGGAAAAUUGUAUGUAUGUGGCCAACGUUGCAGACACCUAUGGACUAAAAAACACCAAAGAGGCUGCACAAAAAUUCAUGAGGGACAGUUUUAUUGACUUUUCCGAAACAGACCAGUUCUUGAAACUCACCUACGAUCAGAUCAGCAAUUUCCUGUCGGAUGAUGCCCUACACUUGCCUUCUGAAAUCACAGCAUUCCAUAUAGCAAUGAGAUGGCUGGAUUUCGACCAAAAGAGGAUGAAGUAUGCAGCCGAUUUACUGGGUAACGUACGUUUCGGUACAAUCUCAGCGCAAGACCUGGUGAGCUUUGUACAGACUGUGCCUAGGAUGAUGCAAGAUAGUGAAUGCCACAAGCUUCUUGUGGAUGCCAUGAAUUACCACUUACUUCCAUAUCAACAAAACAUGUUGCAGUCAAGAAGAACAAAGGUGCGUGGUGGCCUCAGAGUCCUAGUCACUGUGGGUGGACGCCUAGCCUCGACUGAAAAGUCCCUCAGCAGAGAUAUCUUGUACAGAGAUCCUGAGAAUAACUGGAAUAGGCUGACCGAAAUGGCUGCCAAGAGUUUUAAUCAAUGUGUGGCUGUCAUGGAUGGAUUCCUUUACGUGGCUGGUGGUGAAGACCAGAAUGAUGCCAGAAACCAGGCCAAGCAUGCGGUCAGUAACUUCUGCAGAUAUGAUCCCCGUUUUAACACUUGGAUCCAUUUGGCUAACAUGACCCAGAAACGUACCCACUUCAGCUUGAAUGCCUUCAAUGGCCUCCUUUUCGCAGUAGGGGGACGCAAUUCAGAUGGCUGUCAAUCUUCAGUUGAAUGUUACGUGCCUACCUCCAACCAGUGGCAGAUGAAGGCACCCCUUGAAGUGCCAAGGUGUUGUCAUGCCAGUUCUAUCAUUGACGGGAAGAUUUUGGUCACCGGUGGCUAUAUCAACAAUGCAUACUCCCGCUCUGUGUGUGCCUAUGACCCGUCAAGUGAUAGCUGGCAAGACAAAGCCAGCCUCAGCACCCCAAGAGGGUGGCAUUGCUCUGUUAGUCUAGGUGACCGUGUCUAUGUCAUGGGCGGCAGUCAGCUUGGAGGUCGUGGGGAGAGAGUUGAUGUUCUAGCAGUUGAAUGUUAUAACCCCCACACUGGGCAAUGGAGCUACUCUGCACCCCUAAAGACAGGGGUUAGCACUGCAGGGGCUGCUGCCCUCAAUAAUAAGAUUUACCUGCUUGGGGGCUGGAACGAGAUUGAAAAGAAGUACAAAAAGUGCAUCCAGUGUUACAACCCUGAUCUCAAUGAAUGGACUGACGAUGAAGAGUUGGCAGAAGCGACAGUCGGCAUCUCGUGCUGUGUUGUUACCAAACCGAGCCACAAAACCCGGGAGUCCAGGGCAAGCUCUGUAUCAUCAGCUCCAGUCAGUAUUUAAAUGUUCAUACUGGAAGGGAAAGUUAGGAGUUACAAUUAGCCAAUCAAGUGCAACCAAGUCAUGUAAGUGUGGGCAUUGCUGAAGAUGAAAAUUCUAAGCAAAGAAUUUCCGAAGUAAACUUUAUGGCUUUUGUCUUCAAAUAUGUAUUUAAAUAAUAUAUAUUUUUUAAUUACCCCCCCCCCCCCCCCACAAGAUAACUUAUGCAUUUAUCUGUAUAUUAUGUACCCCACCCUCUCGCUCACACAUUUUCAAUUUGAAUAUAUCUAUAAUAGAUACCCAAUUCGAUACAUGUCAAGGAAUAUAACAGGAAUGUAAAUAAAACAAAAAUUGAAAAUGGGACCUUCUAAAUGGAGUGAUUUAAUAAAAGAUGAAACAGAAUUGAAAGUUCUAAAAACGUCUUAUUAAUCACGUAAUUGUAAUUUGUUUAUGACUUUAAAUGUUAGAGGAAAUCGUCCACUAUUUAAAAAAUAAUUUUACGUAAUUUAUAACUGUAAAAUUAUAAAACAAAAAAUGCAAUCAAAACUUCAUAGAAGAAUAUAAAAUAAAAAGGGAAUCUAAACAUCUUGAAAUAUUUGAAUUAAAAAAAAUAAUAAUUAAAAAAAAAAAAGCAACUUUAACUGUAAUACCAGGAAGGAAAUAUUAAACAAUUAUUAAAGGCAAUGUCCCCCCUUUUUAUACAAUGAACAUACCGGGGUGUUUUACAUGACUGUAAAAUGUAUCAAAAUGUACAUUUAUAUAGUCCAUGAAUUAUGUACCUAUACACAUUUUAAAGUUGUUAUAAACACACAAUAUUUUUCAAUUUGGGGCCAAUAAUGUGUAUAGUUUUUAUCAGCCCUCUAUUAAAUAAAUAGAAAAGAUGCCCUUCCCACGUUUUAUUCUAGCAAAUGACAACAACUGCAUUGCACUUGGCAAUUACAGCAUUUGUAAUGGAGAAGGGUGCUUUAUUCUUCAUAUUUAUUCACGUCUAAAAUCAGGCCUUGCAUUGCUGUAUGUAAACUGCCUGAUCAACAGUACCCUCUGCUAAAAAAAGAAAAAGGAAGAUACUAUCUGUAUGCAGUUCUGAGCUAGUCCAACCAAUAUAGUGUGUAAAGGUUAAUAAAGGGCUGGUUUGCAAAUGCUGGUAAAAGGGUCACGUUGCAAAAAGAGAAGAGAAACGUGUACAAUGUAUUUGAGGUUUUAUUGUUUAUUGUAUGAGAUUUAUUGUUAUAUGAAAUUAAAAGGGAUUUCACUGGAGGCUGCCCAUAGGGAAUUAGGCAUACCUUUUUAAAAUACGAAGAAAAAGAUUCAUUAAAAAAUGUGAAAAGUUGUAAAAAGCUGAAGGAAUGCAGGUAUCCGACUGGAGCUACUUGGAGUGGCAGUAGUUUACUGCUGCUAGUCUUACACAGUACGCUGUCAAUUAUUGAGUAAAUACAGUGUUGAUAGAAAAGUGGGAAACGUAACCAGAGGCUGAAAGGGAAUAGAAUGGUAUAAAUAUAUAGAGAUGUAUUCUGCCAUUGGGCCGCAAGGGAUAUGGACAAAUUCCAUACGAUUACCUUUCAUGCAUUCUAUGACAACUCACGUUCUUUUAAUUUUAUCAAACUGAAAAUUAUCAUUUGAAAUGAGUGCAGAUACUACUAACCUGGGGACAGUACUAACACUGCAGGCAACCCCAGAAUAACAGUGGUGGAUAUUAAUAUUCUGUCCAGGGGCGUGUUAUUGAGCUCACUUAAUGCAAUGCAAAUGCACUUGAAAAUGUUUACAGCUGAUGUGAAGUUCAUUAAAAUCAUAACUAAAAUAGACCCCAUUGUGUUAAUCUGGGUAUUGUAUAAAUGAAGGCGAUAAACCAACUGCCCUGCACUGUUCACUGUUAAAAGCCCCACAUCUUCAUUAAAGCUUUAUCCAUGAAAAAAA